UGGUAGUGGUAUGUGCCCUACCAUGGUCCCAUUGUGAUCCCGUGGCGGGCGCGGUGGUGUGGUGGUGGGACUGGUGGUGUUUUGGAGCGCGGACUCCCCGACGCGGCGCCGCAGCCCCUGUCGCGAUGUGCGACAUGCAGAAAAUGCCCACAAGAGAAGAUGCCUCUUGUGACGAAGACUCCGACAUGAAUUUUACCGCUUUUCAAGCUGUUGGGGCAACUGGAACCCACUUCGUGACGACCACUGGUCAGGUGCCGGUGGCAAAGAUCCAGCAAAAUGUAGCCGCCAAUGGUGCUACUAUUCAACAGCACGAGAUGUUUCAGGUGGUGGGUAUGGUGGGCGAAGGUAUGCAGUACAUGCAACAACCGCAAGUCAUCUCCGUGCCCAUUGCCCUGCCUGGUGCUAAACCUGGUGACCCGCAACCAACGGUGCAGAUCCAGGUGCUCAACCCAAACCUUCUGCAGCAGCAACAGCAGCCCAAAUAUCAGAUGCAGAUACCCAUCCAAGGUUUCCAGCAAGGUGGGGCUGUGCUCACAGUAGCUUACUCUCCAGAAGCAAAUGAUGGCAGCGGUAUUCAGUUGUUAGGAAAUACGUUACCCGAAGGUACUUUCAGGAUGCGAACAGGUCUUCAAGUGCUGGCUGCGAUGCCUCAAGAGAUGCAGCUGUUGCAGCCAUCGCAGGCACAAACGCAAGACAAGGAUCAGCCCCAGCAAAUACAACAUCAAGUCUUCAUAACGCCUAACCAGCAAAUCGUGAUCAACAGUUUGGACGAUAACAAACUGAACAACAAUACGUCCAGCAACAACAACAAUGUAGGCGUCGCUAACAUUGUCAUUAAAGAAGAGUGUGACGACAAUCUGAACGAUGACGAAAGCUCUCAAGGCACGGAGACAAGCGACAGCAUGUCAUGGCAAACCACGAGCAGCAGCCAUGCUGAUCUCGUCAAGUACCUCAACACGUUACCACCGCAACAAGCGCAAGCAUUACCAGCGUCGUUGCAGCAGUUCUUGCGGCUCAACCCUGAAGGCAAGAAGGUGGAUCAGAUCGAGAUCGAGGUCGCCUCUAUUGACAUGGAUGAUGACAGGAAGGAACCCAUAGCAGAAGCUGUCAUAGAAGAAGACGGCUCUGUUAAAAUUCAGAGCAAAAAGAAGAAAAAAUAUAAGAAAAAGCCACCAAAGCCGGCGCGACCGAAGCCAGGACAAGUUGUCAUAGCACAGGCUUCCGAUGGAACACCAAUCUUCUGUUGCCCUGAAUGUCAAAUGGCAUACCCUGAGAAGGAACAGCUAGAGAUGCAUCUGAUUGUACAUAAAAUUGAACGGAGGUUUAUUUGUGGCAUUUGUGGGGCUGGUCUGAAGCGCAAAGAGCACCUCGAGCGGCAUAAGCUGGGUCACAACCCCGAUCGGCCGUAUGUCUGCGGAGUGUGCCGCAAGGGCUUCAAGCGAAGAGAACAUCUCACCCUUCACACUGUCAUACAUUCGGGCGUUAAAACCGAGCUCUGUGGCGAAUGCGGCAAAGGAUUCUACCGCAAGGAUCAUCUGCGCAAGCACACGCGGUCGCAUGAGACGAAGCGUGCUCGAGACGAGGCACAGGGCGUGACCGCCACCGAUAUCGACAUUAAGCCCGCCAUGAGCGCUAAUAAUACUAUUAUGCCAGAAAUCACGAUACAUAUGCCUACAAGCGCAAACAUGCAAGUGCCCGUCCAAAUAAAUAUUCCUCAACAUAUGGUAUCGUCUCUCCAAGCCGCACAGGCCUCUUCCGAUGCGCAAACGCAACUAGACGCACUCCUGGCGCAGCAUUCGUGACAGUACGGUUAGCCCGACCAGGGCAAGUGUGUUCUCUAUAACGAUAGCAUGGUGUAUACUGGUCAGGUACUUUAACCACUGGCAUAGUUAUACAGGCCAACAAACGUUAGACAAAGAUAAUUCAGUAUUUUAGUUCAAUUUGAAACGAAGUUACAGUACACUUCUCUAUCUACUUAAUCUGGACGACAGGGUAUGACGAUUAUGGAUUUACAAUAUAAAGAAAGAUGGAACACACUUGCCUAACAUAUUUAAAUUGUUGUAAAAAUUCUGUAGAUAUAAUAUUGAUUAGGUUUUUUACAAUUAUCCAUUAAAAGUGCGUGCGAACAAUUUUAUACAUCAUAUAGUUUAACGAAGAAUGCAUAGCAAACAAUGGUGUUCUUAUAUCCAACAGAGUUUGAAAUUUACACACACAGGUAUAAAAAGUAUUUGCCAAUGUCAAUUUUUAUAAGUUUGUAAAUAUUUAUUAAAUAUAUCUUAUGUUCCAUUCCCAAUUUUUCAAUGUUUUUUUGGUAAUAUCUUGUUAGAAAUUAUAAGCUAAACCAGUAAAGUUUAUUUCUAUUUAAUUAUAACUAAGGUUCUACAACUGGAGAAUUUGUUCAUAAGUAUAUAAUGAUAAGUAAUGAGAACAUAUCAUCGUUUGUACAUUUUUGUUAUUUAACUAUAUUUUUGAAAACAUUGAUUCAUCUAACACUAUUUAAAAUUAACUGAUUGAUGGG